AUGCUUCUUGCUGUCGUCCUCGGGCACACUCUACACCACCGUCCGACAGGAUUUGCUAAACAGGGACCUCAUGAGGUCCGAAUGAUUUUUGAGAAGCUGGACUGCUUGAUCUCCAAGGAAGAUGGCGAUGGUAAAAUCUUCAGAGAGAAGCCCCACAUCACUCUUGACAACUUCUUUUCUGGUGAUGAGACCCUUGACCAUCUUGGCGAACUCGGAUUCGCGGCCACCAUGACAAGUCGCAGAGACCGGCUGCCCGCAGGUGUGCCCAAGCAUCACUUUCAUCAUGAGAAAGGUCCUGUUGAUGACCGCAGCAAGGCCGCAAGAUUCAUCCAUCCUAUCACCUGUGUCAAGAAGUUUCCCCAAGACGGCGAGAAGAAAGCCUACACGCGAACUCAUGUCUCCUUCCAGAGCACUGGCUCUACCAACUUCUCCACUGUUAAUGCUAUUAACUCUAGUCGACUCUAUGUUGUCAAGAAAGAGAGAGGUGUUGGCAAAGAAAAGAGAAUCUGGGGUGUCGAGAAUAAUCCCGCAAGGACCCUCUACCUCAGCCACUACGGUAGGAUCGACACUGAUGAUGCUAUGAUGGCCGGCACUCAAAUCCAAUACCGUUCUAGGAAGUACUGGCAUUCUGCAAUGCUUCAUGGUCUUAGGCUUGCUAUUGUCACUGCGUAUUCUUUUUACCUGGAAGCCAGCAGUGGGAGCUUGGAUGCCAGUUGGAAGUUAGUGAAGCCGAUGACUUUCCAUCAGUUCCGCGACCGACUGUCAACCCAGAUGCUCCAAUACAAGCCAAGGUUCAAUAUGUACCCAGGUGAUUCAGGAUUUCGCUCUGUUACAGUUCUUUCAAAGAAGGCACGCUCCAAGACUCAUGUGGUCCCAAGCAAGAGAUCUCGCCAGACUGCGGUGUCCGUCAGUACUGGUGGUCAGCACUGUGUUUUGAUUGACGAGUUGGACAAUGCCAGGAAGAGUAAACGAUUAUGUGGUGCCUUCAACCAUACUGAGCUGUCAAAGCACCUAGCAUCAUUCCUUGAGAAAGGAGCUUCGAUCUCUUCAGGUUCAAAGUGUGCUUGGUGCGGCGAGAAGGCAUACCAACGAUGCACCGAAUGCACAAAGGUAAAUCGUGCUCUGUGGAUUGGCACAACGAUAGCAACUUUGGAUUGGGGUACAAAGACUGCAAGAGCCUCGCCUCCAAGGUAA